AUGGCUGUCUUCUCUCUUCUAUCACGACCUGUCCGUCGACUUGCCUGGCCUACUAGUGCACGUGUUUCAAGGCGAUUAGUAUCUUCAUACUACAACACAGAUGUGGCUGGCUUGAGCGAUGAUGAGGCAGAGUUCAGAUCUGCUGUAACAGAAUUCGCACUGAAAGAGAUUGCCCCGCGUGCUGCAGAAAUUGAUAAAUCCAACAAGUUUCCUGUCGAACUAUUCCCCGCUCUUGGAUCUAUGGGACUUCUUGGUAUCACGGUCACACCACAGUACUCUGGUCUUGGACUUGGAUAUAUGCACCAUCUCUUGGCUAUGGAAGCGUUAUCCGAGGCUUCCGGCAGCGUUGCACUGUCCUACGGUGCUCAUUCUAACCUCUGUGUGAACCAGAUUCAUCGGUGGGGAACAGAUGCGCAAAAGGGGAAAUAUCUUCCGGAUUUGAUUACAGGCCAAAAGAUUGGUUCCUUAGCGAUGAGCGAAACAGGUAGUGGAAGCGAUGUUGUCAGCAUGCGACUCAAAGCGGAGAAAGUGUCUGGAGGUUACAAAUUGAAUGGUAAUAAGUUUUGGAUCACCAAUGGUCCUAUUGCAUCCACUUUUGUUGUCUAUGCCAAGACAGUCCCUCUCGACGAUCCCAACCCCUCAAAGGGAAUUACCGCCUUUAUCGUUGAGCGUGACUCUGAAGGUUUCUCUACUGAUGAGAAGCUGGACAAAUUUGGAAUGAGAGGGAGCGACACCUGUGAAUUAAUUUUCGAGGACUGUUUUGUACCAGAAGAAAACGUGCUCGGGGAGGUCAACAGGGGCGCCAAAGUCUUGAUGUCGGGCCUGGACCUCGAGAGACUUGUCUUGAGUGGAGGACCACUUGGUCUCAUGCAAGCCGCAUUCGACUACGCAGUCGAGUAUGUUCACGAGCGGAAGCAAUUUGGACAACCCAUAGGGGAGUUCCAGCUAAUGCAAGGAAAGAUAGCAGACAUGUAUACCAAACUCAAUGCUAGCCGGGCUUACGUCUAUGCCGUGGCAAAGGCAUGCGACGCCGGAAAAGUCAGCAGAUCAGACUGUGCCGGAGCUAUUCUGUACUCCACUGAGAAGGCCGUUGAAGUUGCGCUCGAGGGCAUGCAAUGUCUUGGUGGGAACGGGUAUGUGAAUGAUUAUCCUAUGGGACGAAUUCUACGUGAUUCAAGACUUUACACUGUUGGCGCUGGUACCCAAGAAAUCCGACGCAUGCUCAUAGGCCGAGAAUUCAAUGCUCAAUUCGCCAAGUCAAGGUCUUAG